UAAAUUUUAAUCAAUUCGAUUUUGAUCCAAUUUUAUUUGGUUCCAAUUUCGAUUUGGAACUUGUGGAAGGAAAGUAUGACGAAUCUGAUGACGCUUGGUUGGUUUAAUUGAUAUAAUCUUUUAACCCUUUUGCGUAGGCAUUGACGCAAUUCAACCAAUAAAUAAAUAGCUUGCUCAAGGAUGACUGCUGCCUUAUUCAUUCAAACUUUGACUUCUAUUUUUCCUGUGGUGCAGUGACCAAGCUGCCCCUCUUGAGCCACUGACUAUAGCAGACAUUCAUGGGGCAGUAGUGGAAUUCUGACACUCGAGUUAUGCAAUGAUGCAUCUUCCAAGGAGACGGAUUUGCUCUAAACCUUUUCAAAUUGUUUCUUUCAAUCUUCGUAAUCUAUAAAUCUGAAGGUUUUCUUUUGCAAUCUUCAGUUAUAAACAACACAACUCUUUCUCUCUUCUCUGCUAACUCACCCAAUCUUCUUCAUGGCAAGUGAAAUUACUAGCGAGGCAGCAGUAGCAUCUUCUUCCCUUCCACUCAAUGGUCGGGUAGCUAUAGUAACUGGAGGUUCGCGUGGAAUUGGACGUGCCAUUUCCACUCACCUUCACUCCCUAGGUGCAAGAGUUGUGAUCAAUUAUGCUUCAAGUUCCACCCAAGCUGAUCUCCUUGCAUCUGAGCUCAAUGCCUCAGCUGCAUCAGCUUCUCGUCCACAAGCGGUUGCUAUCAGAGCUGAUGUUUCAGACCCAUAUCAAGUCAAGCAACUCUUUGACAGAGCCGAGCAAGAAUUUGGCUCAAAAAUCCAUAUCCUCGUAAACUGUGCUGGAAUUAUGGAUCCAAAGUACCCCACUUUGGCCAAAACAACAGUGGAGGACUGGGAUAUGACUUUCAAUGUCAACGCCAAGGGUGCAUUCCUGUGUUGUCGCGAGGCAGCUAAUAGGUUGGCUCGGGAAGUUGGUGGAAGAAUCAUAACAAUAACAACAUCUAUCGUUGGAUCAAAUCUUCCAGGAUAUGCAGCUUAUGCUGCCUCCAAGGCAGCAGUGGAGACAAUGACAAAGAUACUAGCCAAGGAGCUGAAGGGUACAGGAAUAACUGCUAAUAGUGUUGCUCCAGGACCUGUGGCUACAGAGCUGUUUUUUUCAGGUAAAACUGAGGAAACAGUGAAGAGAAUGGCUGACGCUUGCCCUUUAGGCCGACUUGGUGAGCCUAAGGAUGUAAGUCAAGUUGUGGGAUUCUUGGCUAGUGAUGCAGGGCAGUGGAUCAAUGGACAAGUCAUUAGGGUUAAUGGGGGAUCCGUUAUCUAAAUGUUAUGUGUGUCUACUUAUCUGAGACUUGUACUUUCCUUUUAUAUGUUCUUGAAUUUGUUUACCUCUGCCACUAUUUGUACCUUUUUUUUUUUUUAAUUUACCCGUCUAAUUUACUUGUUGAAAUCAAAAGAGUACUAGAAUCGAAAUAAAACGUAGAAUGGUAAUUUUUUAUUUA